GAACCAUAUCACCAAGAGAACAUACUUUAUAGACCCGAGGCUCAAAACGCCGUUUCACAAAAACCCCCCCCUGGUUGGAAGUGCUCGGCGCAUUCAAAAUAGCAGCGGCGUCUCGGACGAUAGUCUGAGCUUGAUCCGGCUUUCGUUCGCUCUUCCGACAUGGCUAGUUACAGCGAUGACGAGUCGACAGACUUCCACGUGGAACGCCACCGGGUGAGAGUACGAGAACACAGGCGCGAUCCGUCGCCGUUCCACAGGGUUCCUCCGCCUCCGCCGCCGGGCCCGCAGUAUAUCCAAACCGUCACCAGGGAUGUGCGCGACCACCGGGCCCCAGUGGGCUACUAUCAUGCGCCCGGUCCCCGCCGACCUGAGGAGCGCAUGACCGUGGUCCCCGCCCGUUCCCGGUCGAGAGAGCGGCGGUCCCCGCCCAUCCAUCACGUCGCGCCGGCCGUGCCACAGGUUCCCAACGUGAUCAUUAACCAGCAACGUCCGAUCAUCCACCGCAGUCGGUCGGACAGCGACUCUGAUUCCUCCUCGGACGACUCGUCCCGCUCUUCCCGGCGCCACCGCCGCCGGCACAGGUACCGAUCGCGCAGCCGCGCCCGCAGCAGGUCCUCGAGCACGCACAGCUACCUAGAGGACGCCCGGGACAAGUGGAGGCUGCAGCAGGCCGAAGAGCAGCUCAACCAGCUCCGGCUCGAGGCGCGGAGGCGGGAGGAGCAGCGCCAGAUGGAGCGGUACACAAAGGAGCAGGCAGAGCUCGCGCAGACGCGGGCCGAGCUGGAGAUGCGCCAGCGGCGCGAAGAGGAAGAGCUCCGCAACGACCGCUUCCGCGACGAGCAGGAGCUGAUCUACCUCAAGCGCGAGAUCGCCCGCAUCAAGCGCGAGGAGGAGGAGCUGAGGCUCGAGCGCGCGCGCGAGGAGCACCUCCGGCUGGCCAAGGACAGCGAGGAGCUGGCGCGGCUCAGGCGCGACCAGGACGAGCGCCGGCGCCAGAAGCAGGCCGCCGAGGAGGCCGAGUACCAGAAGCAGAAGGCAGAGCUCGAGCGCCGGCUCCGCGAGGAGGAGGCCGCCAAGCACGACAAGGCGAUCCAGGAGCAGGCCAAGGCCAAGGCCGCCCUCGCCGAGCUGGAGCGCAUCCACGAAGAGAAGAAGCGGAAGGAGGAGGAGGAGCGGAUCAAGCGCGAGCUGGAGCUCAAGAAGCUCGAGGAGGAGAAGAAGGCGGAGGAGGAGCGGAAGCGCAAGGAGAAGGAGGCCGAGGAGAUCAUCGCCCAAUACAAGGCCAAGGAGGCCGAGCGGAUCGAGAAGGAGAAGAAGGAGAAGGAGGCCCGCGACAAGGAGCUGCAGCGCAUCAUGCAGGAGCGCCUGAUCAACGCCGGCCUGGACGAGAAGGAGAUCGAGGCCGUCUUGAAGAACGAGAAGAUCAAGCGGGACAAGAAGGAGGAGGAGGACAAGCAGGUCGCCCGCCCGACCUACACCAAAAUGUCGUUGCGCCAUCUCGAUAUCGAGACCCUCAUUGCCCACCAGAUCGAUUUCGAGUUGGACAGAACGGACCCGGGCUACGUCAUCAUCAAACGCUGGGUGCCCGAGUGGGAGCAGGCCAUCCUGUGGGAGCACACGCGGAAGCGCCGGAGCGGCAAGGUCAUGCUCGAGGUAGAAGACCACCACCAUCACCACCACCGCCGGAGCCGGUCGGGCGAGUACGAGUUUGUCCGCCGCAAGUCGUCCCGCCACCGCAGCAAGUCGCCCAGUCUGCUCCUGUACCUCGCCGGAGGCCGCCCGCGGUAAAACGACCGAAGCGGAAACGGAAUGUAACAAAGGAAGGAAAACGGAACGAAACGGAACGGAACGGGAAAAAAACAAACAAACAGCACAACGAUUGGGCUCGUUUUGUGUCCUCGUUUGCGAUGGUCUGUGAUACCCUUUCCAGCGUGGACGAUCUCCGGGGAAGGUUUUACGGUCCCCUGUGUUCUUCUCUUUCUUCCUUCUCUCGUUUCCUGUUCUGGUCACGACAUGACGGAAAGAAAAGGCUGGCGACGAAAGGAAUGCUCAGGGAGGGGAGGGUUGGAGGGGUGGGAAGGGAACGUUAUGAGCAUGAUGAACAUGGGAUAAGACGAUGAGAUGAUGAUGAUUAGUUGUUACGUUUACUGAGCCGAGAUCUAUUCCAUGUCCUCCCCCACU